AUGUCGAUUCUGCGCCAAUCUUAUUGCUUUUCUGGUAAUAUUGCUUUUUAUUUCUUCUUCUUGCUUUCCCUCGUUCUCCACACACUCGCUUCUCCUGUGCUCCACUAUUGCCGUCAUGACCAUAGGGAUGCUCUUCUAGAGUUCAAACACGAGUUUCCAACAAAUGAACUGGAAUCCCGAUCUUUAAGUUCAUGGAUCAAGAGUAACGACUGCUGUUCUUGGGAGGGCGUCACAUGCGAUGAUAAAUCGGGCGAGGUGAUUUCACUUGACCUUAGUUUCAUCCCUCUCAAUAACUCUUUGAAACCAUAUAGUGGUAUUUUCAAACUCCAUCAUCUUCGUAACCUUAUCCUUAGGGAAUGCCAUGUCUAUGGAGACAUUCUUUCUUCAUUAGGAAACCUUUCUCAUCUCACACAUCUUGACCUUAAGGGUAAUCAUUUAGUAGGUGAAGUUCCAGCUUCAGUCAGAAACUUAACCCAACUAAGAUACAUAGAUCUUAGCAAAAACAAGUUCACUGGAAAAAUUCCUGUUUCAUUUGCCAACUUAACAAACCUGUCCCAUUUAGACAUCUCACUCAAUCAUUUCACGGGUGAGAAUUUCCCUCUUCCAUUUGACAUGAGUCAAUUCCACAACUUGGAAUAUUUUGAUGUGGGUGGGAACUCAUUUUCAGGGACUUUUCCUACGUCCUUAUUUAUGAUUCCUUCGUUAAGAUGGGUUAGUUUGUGGGGAAACAAUUUAAAGGGACCUAUAGAGUUUAAGAAUACAUCUUCCUCCUCUAAGCUUCAGACUCUAUCCCUUUAUCAAAACAACUUUGAGGGCUCUAUCCCCAAAUCCAUAUCAAAAUUUUCCAAUCUCGAAAGAUUGUUACUUAGUGACAACUAUUUCACAGGACCAAUCCUCAGAUCUAUAUCAAACAUGGUCAAGCUCGUUACUCUCGAUCUAAGCCACAACAAUUUCAUUGGGCCAAUCCCCAUAUCAAAUUUAGUCAACCUGCUUUCUCUUGAUCUUUCCGGAAAUAAGUUGGAAGGCGAAAUACCAGUUCAAAUUCCUUCCGAGGACCAUUACCACAUUGGUCUCACCACGCUGAGAUUACAAAACAACAAUCUCAGUGGAAUUAUUCCUCCAGAUUUGUUUGCCAAUGCUACAACAUGGUUAGAGUCAGUUGACGUCAGCAGCAACCAGUUGAAGGGGAAACUUCCAAAAUCAUUGAGCAACUGCACUCACUUGAAGCUUUUGAAUGUCGGAAGCAACAAAAUCAAGGACAAGUUUCCAUGUUGGUUGCGUUCUCUGCCGUCAUUACAUGUUAUGAGCCUACGAUCAAAUCAAUUCUACGGGCCCUUGUAUCAUCACAAUGUUUCUAUUGGGUUUCAAAGCUUGAAAAUUAUCGAUAUAUCGCAUAAUGACUUCAGUGGAACUUUGCCACCUUUCUAUUUCUCCAACUGA